UCCGUCAGGCAGGGUGGUGUGCGCCAGCGAGCUGUCAGAGAGGAGGAAGCGAGCACAAAGUCAUGCAAUCUGUGUCUCCUGUACACAGCAGUGCUAGCUCCUCACCUGAGCUGAUUGAAAACAUGUCCCUGCCUGGACUGAAGAGUGAGAAGACAGACAGACAGACAGACAGACAGACAGAGAGGCAUACUCCUGGGGAUUCAUACCACACAGGUUCGGGAACAUCGAGAGCCUGUGAUGAUGGUUGGUGCAUCGAGUUCCAGGGUUCUUUACUCUUGAACAAAACCUGUGGAUUUCUUUUUUUUAUUCCUGGGAAAGAAGCUUGCUUAAGUGAGAAGAGACUUCUGAGUCAGAGAAUCUCCUAAUUAGAACCCCUGUUAAAGCUUGCCUCCUCCAGCCCGCCUUUCUCUUCCUGGCUGUGGGGCUUUUAACCCUCGUUUCUCCUGCCCCUUUUCAUAGUUUUUUCCAAUUGAGUAAUUCCCGAUCGCGGCCUCGUGCCCGCGCUCCUCCCCCGCUGUGAGUUGGCGUGCGAUGGCACGGCGGGUCGCUGACAGUUGCCACGGUGGGCUGUGAUGUCAGCGCCCAGCAGCCCCGACGAGAGCCAGCGCGCCGCUCCCAGAUUCUUCGUGGGCUGCGAGGACGAUGAGAGCGAAAGCCUGGGGGACACUGCAAGCAUGAGGACAGACGUGGAGCUGUACGAGUGCAGUGAAGAGGAGGACACGCCCCCUGAGAGACAGAUCGUGGUGGGGAUCUGUUCCAUGACGAAGAAGUCCAAGUCGAAGCCGAUGACUCAGAUCUUGGAGCGGCUCUGUAAGUUCGAGUACAUCACUGUGGUGAUCUUCCCUGAGGACGUGAUUCUCAAUGAGCCCGUUGACAACUGGCCGCUGUGCGACUGCCUCAUCUCCUUCCACUCCAAAGGCUUCCCUCUGGACAAAGCAGUGAGUUAUGCAAAACUGAGGAACCCACUUCUCAUCAAUGACCUGAAUAUGCAGUACUUCAUUCAGGACAGGAGGGAGGUGUACCGGAUCUUGCAGGAAGAAGGGAUUGACUUGCCACGCUAUGCCGUACUGAACCGGGACCCAGACAAACCAGAAGAGUGUAACCUGGUUGAAGGAGAGGACCACGUGGAGGUGAAUGGAGAGGUUUUCCAGAAGCCCUUUGUAGAGAAGCCAGUCAGCGCUGAAGACCACAAUGUGUACAUCUACUACCCCACCUCCGCCGGGGGCGGCAGCCAGCGGCUCUUCAGAAAGAUCGGGAGCCGCAGCAGUGUGUAUUCCCCGGAGAGCAGCGUGAGGAAGACCGGCUCCUAUAUCUACGAGGAAUUCAUGCCGACCGACGGAACUGACGUGAAGGUCUACACAGUGGGGCCUAACUAUGCCCACGCAGAGGCACGCAAGUCUCCUGCACUGGAUGGAAAGGUGGAACGAGACAGUGAAGGGAAGGAGAUCCGCUACCCCGUCAUGCUCACUGCCAUGGAGAAACUUGUUGCUCGUAAGGUCUGCAUGGCGUUUAAACAAACAGUGUGUGGAUUUGACCUGCUGCGUGCCAACGAUCACUCUUACGUCUGCGAUGUGAACGGGUUCAGCUUUGUGAAGAACUCCAUGAAGUACUACGAUGACUGUGCCAAGAUCCUGGGGAAUAUAAUGAUGCGGGAGCUGGCUCCCCAGUUCCACAUUCCCUGGUCCAUCCCUACAGAAGCGGAGGAUGUUCCUAUUGUCCCCACCACAUCAGGAACCAUGAUGGAGCUGCGCUGUGUUAUUGCAAUCAUUCGACAUGGAGAUCGAACCCCCAAACAGAAAAUGAAGAUGGAAGUCAGGAACCCAAUGUUCUUCGAUCUGUUUGAGAAAUACGAGGGGUACAAGACUGGGAAACUGAAGCUGAAGAAGCCAAAACAGUUGCAGGAGGUGCUGGACAUCGCUCGGCAGCUGUUGGCUGAACUGGGCCAGCACAACGACUGCGAGAUCGAGGAGAAGAAAUCCAAACUGGAGCAGCUGAAAACUGUGCUGGAGAUGUACGGCCAUUUCUCUGGGAUAAACAGGAAGGUGCAGCUAACCUAUCUGCCUCACGGGCAACCCAAAACCUCCAGUGAGGAGGAAGAUUCUCGGAAGGAGGGUCCGUCUCUGUUGCUUGUUUUGAAGUGGGGAGGCGAGCUGACCCCGGCUGGCAGAGUACAAGCAGAGGAGCUGGGCAGAGCAUUCAGAUGCAUGUACCCGGGAGGGCAAGAUGGUAGCGGCAGAGCCAUUGGCUGCGAGUCUCCUAUUGACUGUGGCGACUAUGCAGGGUUUCCAGGCUGUGGGCUACUCAGACUGCACAGCACUUACCGACACGACCUCAAGAUCUACGCCUCUGACGAGGGGAGGGUGCAGAUGACAGCAGCAGCCUUUGCCAAAGGGCUGCUGGCUCUGGAGGGGGAGCUGACCCCCAUCCUCGUCCAGAUGGUCAAGAGUGCCAAUAUGAACGGGCUGCUGGACAGUGACCGCGACUCGCUCAGCGGCUGCCAGCAUCGGGUGAAGGCGCGGCUCCAUGAGAUCAUGCAGAAGGACCAGGACUUCACCGAGGAGGACUUCGACAGGCUGUCCCCCACUGGCAGUACAUCCGUGCUGAACUCCAUGAAGCUCGUUGGGAACCCAGUGCAGACCUGUGACCGAGUCUAUGCACUCAUCCAGAGCCUCACAUCCCAGAUCCGCACCAGGCUCGAGGACCCCAAGUCUGCAGAUCUGCAGCUGUACCAUAGUGAGACUCUGGAGCUGAUGCUGCAGCGCUGGUCCAAGCUGGAGCGAGAUUUCCGCAUGAAGAGCGGCCGAUAUGACAUCAGCAAGAUCCCCGACAUCUAUGACUGCAUCAAGUACGAUGUGCAGCACAACAGCUCCCUGGGGCUGGAGGACACGCUGGAGCUCUUCAGACUGUCCAAAGCGCUCGCCGAUAUCAUCAUCCCGCAGGAGUAUGGCAUCGACAAGGAGGAGAAGCUGGACAUUGCCUACACCUACUGCCUCCCGCUUAUCAAGAAGAUCCAGCUGGACAUGCAGAGGACACAUGAGGACGAGUCUGUCAACAAGCUGCACCCUCUGUACUCUCGUGGAGUGAUGUCACCGGGCCGUCACGUGCGGACACGGCUUUAUUUCACCAGCGAGAGCCACGUGCACUCCCUACUCAGUGUCUUCCGCUACGGUGGCCUUCUGGAUGAGCUGAAUGACCAGCAGUGGAAGAGGGCGAUGGAUUACCUGGGUGCGGUCUCGGAGCUCAACUACAUGACCCAGAUCGUCAUCAUGAUCUACGAGGAUAACAACAAGGACCCCUCGUCGGAGGAGCGAUUCCAUGUGGAGCUGCACUUCAGCCCCGGGGUGAAGGGGUGUGAGGAGGAGGAGAACGCACCCAUGGGGUUUGGGUUCCGUCCCGCCUCAGCUGAGAACGAGGAGAAGCAGACAGACCCUGGCAGCAUAGAGGAUCUGUCCCAUGAUGAACCGGACCGGGCGGUGCCCCUUUCCGAGCCAAUCGGCAUCCACAGGAAGUCCCUACUCACCCGCACGCCAAAGGCUGGCUCCAUGGAGGUUCUGUCUGAAACCUCUUCUUCCAAGUCUGGGGGCUACCGCCUCUUCCCUUCCUACUCCCGACAGUCUCCAGAAAUGAAACAGAGCGGCUUAGGGUCCCAAUGCGCAGGGCUCUUCAGUACAACUGUCUUGGGGGGGUCCUCUAGCGCCCCCAACCUGCAGGACUACGCUCGUACGCACCGCAAAAAAUUCUCCAGCAACCUCUCCUAUAAAGACGAGUUGUUGUCUAUGCCGGCAGUAAAGCGAUUUUCUGUGUCGUUUGCAAAGCAUCCGACUAAUGAGGCCCUGGAGGAGCACCAUGUUGCCCAGCUCUUGCGGCGGUUCUCUACAGACCAGGCUCUGGGGCGGCACCUAUCUAUGGACAGGGCGCUGGCCCAUCACCUGCACCAUUGCUCCUACCACCUGCGCCUGUUCCGCAACUGGUUAAUCUCCGGCCAGGACACCAUCGAGUGCCUCUACGGGUUCGAAGGCUGCUCGAUGGUGCCCUCUAUCUACCCUCUGGAGACACUGCACAACUCGCUCUCCCUCAAGCAGGUCAACGAGUUCCUGACUGCGGUGUGCGAGAGCGGCGGCGACUCCCACUCCAAGGCCAGCAAAGCUCUCUCGGAUAUAUUCGAUCCUCAGAGCCAACCACCAGUGUACACGUUCACCCCACAGCGUGUGCUCUCGUCCUCUGUGUCGGCCCUAUCCCUGCGCCAUCACUCGGACCGCCCUGCCUGGUACAGCAGUGGCCCCUCCAGCACAGUGUCCAGCGCUGGACCUUCCUCCCCCACCACUGCUGACGCGUCUCCUCGUUUCAGCUUCAGUGACAAGAUGCCCCUGACCCCACAGAGCAGUGAUGAGGCGCACGUGGGUCAGCAGAGCAAGCAACCAACAGGGAACAGCCAGACAAGCUGCCAGCCCGUAGACACAAGUCUACUGAGCGGUCAGACGGACAGUAAUCCAUCCAGCCCCCAGCAACCUAGCGGCCAGCCAGUUGUUAGUACGAGUCAAUCCACCAGCCCCAACCAGCCUAACAUCCAAAAAGACCAAACAGCCAGUGAAAAUAUAGAACAGCAGGGCCUUCCUCUGACACAAUUGGCUGGGCUUGAGAGGAAGGGGGCUAACCCAAAUCCUCUGGGGUCACUGGGAAUCCUUCUGGAGGACAGAGAGAGCGAAUCAGAAACAGCCUUCAGUGCUCAGUCAGCCAUGCCUCCAGAGGAGCCUGAAGAGUUUUUUGACACACAUGAGACACUGGAAGUCUGGGAAAACAGUCCCAGUGACUCCCAGCAGCACCCUGAGAGCUCCCUGGAGCUUGGGGUAGUGCACGUGUCCGAUCCUUAGGGAAGGAUGAAAGGGAGAGGCAGAUCUCAAUGCUGUACAGAACACUUGGUCCACUGUGUUUUCAAUGUCACUGUGUUUUUAAUACACACUUGUACUGUAGUUCACCAGAAUGGAGGAGAUAUAGACCACAAUACUUGUGACCUACAAAUGUGAUCGUCCAGUAUGUUCUUAAUGUUAUUGUGUUACCAGAUGAUUCUUUCAAACCCUUUCAAAGUACAAAGUACACCGGUGUCAAAUUUAAUCUGCAUGGCUUAUGAGAGAAAUGCUUGUAGUUCAAUAACAUAAAGCAGUUAAUACUGUAAAUUCACAAUCUGAUACAUUUUCAAAAGCUAUGUAAGCUCAGCAUCCCAGCCAAGCCAUUUUGUUUUACACAACUACCCCCCCCC